GACUUUUCUGUCCAGAAUUUCGGAUUUAUAUUUUGAGUAAUUCUAGCUCCUAAGUUCACCUAGACUCCGUCCUUAACACUAACAAGUGGUAUCAGAGCUGUAUUAAGGACGUUGAGAGGAGUCUACAGAAGUGUGAAGACCCUUCUAGACCCACCAUGGCCUGUGGGUGUGCCUAAGUGGUGUUCUAAAGCAGGCUGGAGGGAUGGUCACCUCCAGGCAUGAAGCCGCCAAGUGGUGAACGCGCACAAGGUGGCGCUGUGCAAGGCUCAGGUGCACAAGGUGAAGGUGCACAAGGUAAUGCCUAUCCUGGUUUGUUUGUUAUGGUUGAGGAUGUGCAUGGGCAUGAGGGUGAUGUGGGAUCUGUGGGAAAGGUUGUGAUGCACCCUCUCACGCACUGGGUGAUUGAUUCGGGUUGCACCAGUCACAUGACUCCACGGGCAGAUUUGCUUGAUGAGGUAAAACCCCCUGGGAAGAUUAAGUAUGUGGCAGCAGCGUCAGGUGCUUUGCUCCCUGUCAUUGGUGUUGGAAAUGCCAAGGUUAAGGGAGCUAAUGGGGAGCUUGUGGGGCUUGGGAAUGUUCUGCUGGUUAAAGGCUUGUCUGCUAACCUUCUCUCUGUGCGACGACUGCAGAAGAGCAAGGCCGAAGUGACCUUUGGACCAACCAGCUGCCGUGCUAAGCUUGGGAAGAAGGUGCUAUGGAGUCUGGAAGAGGAGACCAGUUGCAUCAAGGACCUGUGGCAGCUGCCCAUCAUCCCAUGGAAUGGGAAGACUCCAACAGCAGCAACGGCAGCAGCGGCAAAGGCAACAGCAGGAGGAGAUGCAACUGCACCAACUGAUGGGGUCCUGGAAGCAGUCAAGAAAGUGCAGCAGCAGCAGACACAUGGCGAGGUGCUUGCUGGUGUGGAUGCGAGUGCGGCAUGGGCUAAGGCUUCAUCAAGGAGUGGAGAGGCCGAUUGGGAGACAUGGCAUGAGAGGCUGUGUCAUGUGAACUUCCCUAUGCUACAGAAGUUGGUGAAGGAUGGGAGCCUGAAGGGCUUGGAGGUGAAAGGGGGAGUGAAGGAGAUUGGGAGCUGCCCUACAUGCUUGGAGACCAAGUUCUCCAAGUUCCCCUUCAACAGUGCAACAGGACCAGCCAAGACCCCACUUGCACUUGUGCACAUGGAUGUGGUGGGGCCCACAAGAGCCCCUUCCCUCUCAGGCAGCCGCUAUUUCUUGACAAUUGUGGAUGACCACACUCGGGCAGUGUGGGUUUACCCUUUGAACAGCAAGGGGGAGGUGGCAGCGGCUGUCCUUAAGGAGUGGAUGCCUAGAGCUCAGAGGGAAUGCGGACACAAGGUGAAGGUGAUCCGCAGUGACAAUGGUGGGGAGUUCAUUGGAGCUGAUUUUGAGGGGGAGUUGAAGAGGAAGGGGAUCCAGCAUCAACUGACAGUGCCCUACAAUCCGCAGCAGAAUGGCGUGGCUGAGAGGUUCAACAGGACCCUGCAGGAGGGGGCACGCACUCUCCUUGGGCGUGCAGGGCUACCUGAUCCGUUUUGGGUGUCUGCACUGAGGCAGGUCGCCCUUGUGAAGAACAGGGUGCUGGCUACAGUUGGAGAUAAGGAGUGGAUCCCAUAUAUCAAGUGGUAUGGGAGUGCUCCAGCUGUGAACAUGCUGAGGGCAUUUGGGUGCAUGGUAGUGUUUCAUGUGCCUAAGGAAAAAAGAGGGAAGUUGGAGGCUUCUGGAAGAUGGGGUGUGCACUUGGGGAUUGCAAAGGAUCACAAGGGAUGGCUGCUAUGGGACUUGACCACCCAGAAGCUGACAGUGUCAAGGGAUGUGAAGUUUCUUGAGUCCCUGUACUACAAGGAAUGGAAGCAGCAGCAACAGAAGCUUCCAUCUACACCGCUCAUUGUGGAGGCAGAUGAGGUGCAGCAGCCUUCAAGACAGGUGGAGGUUGCAGUGUCAGAGGAGGAGAUGUCUGGGGUGACUGAGGAAGGGGGAGCAGCUGAAGUAGAGGAGCAGCAGCAGCAGCAACAUGAGUCUCCACCUCGAGUUCCACACCCGCCUGAGCGACCUAGGAGGGAUGUGCGCCCUCCGGUGAGGCUGACCUAUGGGGGAAGAGGCAAGCCGAAUGUGGUGCAGGCUGGGAGUGUGGUUGAGCAGAUUGAGGAAGAUGAGAUUGCAUUGUGCUAUUGGGCUGCAAUUCCUCAGCCUAAGGUACUGACGCUAGCUUCAACUCAGUAAAAGCGGAUGGCACCAGCAUUGGGGGUUAUGUGUGCUUGCUAGGAGGUGGUGCUGUGAGCUGGCGCAGCAAGAAGCAGAAUGAGGUGGGAUUGUCUUCAUAUGAGACUGAGUACAUGGCCUUACACCAUGGGGCCAAGGAAGUAGUGUGGCUAAGGCGUUUGUUGGAGGAGUUGGGAGUUGGUCAGGAGGAGCCGACAGUUGUGUUCUGUGACAAUGAGUCUGCUGUGAAGCUCGCCAAGAAUGCUUGUCUGCAUGGGCUGACAAAACACAUAAGGCCUAAGUGGCACUGGGUGAGGAG